GGACUUUUAUUUUGGUGUGGUGAUGUGACGACAUAGAGCUGCGUCGUGCUCCUGCAUCUGUUUUGAUUCGGCUAAAGAAAGGACAGAGUGUCCAAACACAUAGAAAAACUCCUGGUGAAGCGACUGAGAUCCACGUGACACACUGUUAUAAAGAUGGCGCUUAUUAAACAGGAGAGUGAAGACCUGAAGAUUGAAGAAGUAUUCAGUCUGAAACAAGAAGAUACUGAGGAACAAAAAGACCUGAUGGUGCUGAAAGAAGAGGAGGAUCAUGAUUUCACAACUGGAGUAACAUCUUUUAAUUCCUCACAGACUGAGAAGAUAACAACUAGAAGUUAUUUCACCUGCUUUCAGUGUGGAAAGAGUUUUGAUCAACAAGGAGAUCUUGCAGUCCACAUGAGAACUCACACCGGAGAGAAGCCUUACACCUGCAAACAAUGUGGAACAAAUUUCACUAAAAAAGGAAGCCUUAAAAUCCACAUGCGAAUUCACACUGGAGAAAAGCUUUACACCUGCCAACAGUGUGGAAGCAGUUUCAUUCAAAAAGGAAGCCUUAAAAGCCACAUGAGAAUUCACACUGGAGAGAAGCCUUACACCUGCCCUCAAUGUGGACAGAGUUUUACACAUAAGCCAACUCUUAAUGCCCACAUGAGAAUUCACACUGGAGAGAAGCCUUACACCUGUAAACAGUGUGGAAUAAGUUUCAACCGAAAAGGAAACCUUAAUGUUCACAAGAGAAUUCACACUGGAGAGAGUCUCUACACCUGUCAAGAGUGUGGAAAAAGUUUCAUUCAAAAAGGAAGCCUUAAAAGCCACAUGAGAAUUCACACUGGAGAAAAGCCUUACACCUGUCCUCAAUGUGGAAAGAGUUUUGCACAUAAGUCAACCCUUAAUGCCCACAUGAGAAUUCACACGGGAGAGAAGCUGUUCAAAUGUGAUCAGUGUGGAAAUAGUUUCAGAUGUAAAAUAUCCCUUAACAACCACAUGAGGAGUCACACAAGAGGGAACUGUUUUGUAUGUCAUCAGUGUGGAAGGAGUUUCAGAGACACGAAACGUCUUAAGAAUCAUGUAAAAAUUCACACCAUUGAGAAGCAUUUCAUGUGCCAUCACUGUGGAAGGACUUGCAGAAACAAAGCAAACCUUGAGGUUCACAUGAGAGUUCACACUGGAGAGAAGCCUUUCACCUGUCCUCAGUGUGAGAAGAGUUACACACAUAAAGCAAACCUUGAGGUUCACAUGAGAGUUCACACUGGAGAGAAGCCUUUCACCUGCCUUCAGUGUGGAAAGAGUUUCACACUUAAAGGAAACCUUGAGGUUCAUAAGAGGCUUCACACUGGAGAGAAGUCUUUCACAUGUCUUCAUUGUAAGAAGAUUUUCACAAAACAAAGAGACCUAAAAUGUCAUUUGAGAACUCAUUCUAUUCAGCCUGGCAAGAGGUUUACAAAAUAGAGCAGUUUCAAUUUGCACACUCACUCUGGAGGAAGACCAUUUCAUUUGAUCAGUGUAAAACAAAAACAAAAAAUCUUUUGACAUCAUACAGCAAGUCAUGCAGAUGUGAGACCCCAUGCGUGUCCUUUGCAUGGAAUGCAUUUUAGAUGGCUCGACAAUUUAAAAUGGCACCAAAAAAUAUGCAUCUUUGUGAAAGUAAUUUUGAUUUUGUAAAGUUGUAACUCUUCCAUCUUGCUAUGAAAUUACACAAAUUAAAAUAAAGGAUAUAAACAAUGGAUUUUAUGUUACAGCCUUAAGCUAAAUGCUAUAACUGUGGAGCUAUAUUAGUUUCAGAAUUAAUGUAUUAAUAAAAUAUGAUUAAGAAAUACAUAAGCUAAUUCACAUUCACCAAAAAGCUCAUGUACAGAGCAAAAUCCUCAGAGUUAAAUUAACACUGCUCAGUGUACAUAAUGUCCCACUUUAGAGUGUUUAAGUUAAUGAGAUCAUUGAUUAAUCAAGUCAUGUUUGAGCAUUAGUGAUGAACACCUGCUGUUAACAAGUAGAAUCACUGAAGGAAAGAUGAAGAACAUAAAAAGAGAAGAGACAAUAGCCUUAGACAAUAAGCUACACAGCCUUAGAUGAAAUCAACUGCAAAUAAAAUAACUUUCUUUCAAGAUCUCAGUAGAAUUGAGAUGAAUUUAAGUUAUUUGUAAAUGAAAGCAAUUUCUGUACAUUGUUUAUUUUCCUUAUGUAACUUGAAACGUGCGGGCUGUAAAAUAAAAGAAGGAAUUGUUCU